UUAACCUCUUAAUGCUGCCUUGUCGGAUCAUAAAGAGGUGGACAGGCCUCAUUAGUGAGCACCAAGCCCUGACAUUAGCUCCUUUGUCACACCCCCCUCCCAGGGCCAGCACCUGGGUCCUCAGCUGGCCCUUGGGAAAUUGGGACAGGAAGCCUUGGAAACUAAACCUGGGAGCCUGGACUCCCGGGUCUGUGGGAGGUGGGGGCUGGUGACCUGAACUCCUGGGUCUGAGGGAGGAAGAAGGUGGGGGUCCGGACUCCCAGGUCUCAGGGAGGAGGGGUAGCGGCCAGACUCCUGGGUCUGAGAGAGGAGGGGGCUGGGGGUCUGGACUCCUGGGUCUCAGGGAGGAGGGGGCUGCGGCCCAAACUCCCGGGUCUCAGGGAGGAAGGCUCUGGGAGCCUGGACUUCUGGGUUUGAGAAAGGAGGGGUCUGGGAGUCCUAAUACUCGUGUCCGAGGGAAGAGGGGGCUGGGGGCCCAGACUCCCAGGUCUGAGGGUGGUGGGGAAUGGGGGCCGGAACUCCUGGAUCUAAGGGAGGAGGGGAAUGGGGGCCCGGACUCCCGGGUCUGAGGGAGGAGCGGCUGGAGGCCGGGAUCCUUCCCCCAACACGCCCCUCUUUUCAAUACCUGCUGGGGAGCCCCGCCUCCUCCCGCCCCUCUUUAACCCCCAGUCCAGCGGAGCCGGGGACAGUCGCCCAGGCCCGAGGGAUGGCUGAGGUUGCAGAGGAACACACGCUCGGCAGCGGGAUGGAGGAGGACGGGAGCCUCGAGGAGCCCCCCGCGCCUCCCUCGCCCCCGUCGCCGCCGUCGCCCGCCGCCCCGGAGCGCCCCGCGCCCCCCGCGACUGAGCAGCCGUCCGAGGCGUACGCGCGGCAGCUGCUGCUGGAGAAGUGGGGGCCGCCGGGCGGGACCCUGCGGCUGCCCGAGCACCUCAGCUGGCGGCUCAUCUUCCUGCGCCGGCCGCUCUACCGCAACCUGCUGCGCUCGCCCAACCCCGAAGGCAUCAACAUUUCUGAGCCAGCACCCCGUACUGGUCCCACCCAACAACCCCUGGGGACUCUCGGCAAUUUCAGCGGGUGGUUCAUUAGAACAGAAAAGCUCCAGGGGGACCGCAGCUGGACGGUAAAGCAGCAGUGUGUGGACCUCCUGGCUGAGGGCCUGUGGGAGGAGCUGCUGGAUGACGAGCAGCCGGACAUCACCGUCAUGGACUGGUAUGAGGACAGUCGCCUGGACUCGUGUGUCUAUGAGCUGCACGUCUGGCUACUGGCUGCGGACCGACGCACUGUCAUCGCCCAGCACCAUGUGGCCCCCCGGACCUCUGGGAGAGGCCCCCCGGGGCGCUGGGUCCAGGUGUCUCACGUAUUCCGCCACUAUGGCUCCGGCGUGCGCUUCGUCCACUUCAUGCACAAGACCAAGAACCGGAUGGAGGCUGGGGGGCUGCGGAGGACAAGGGUGACUGACUCCUCUGUGUCUGUGCAGCUGAGGGAGUGACUGUGGACCCCACACCUGCUCUGACCCUGCCACAUCUACCCUCCUAGAGCCAUGCCCUGACCCUUAGCCCCUCCCUGACCCUUAGCCCCUCCCUGGCUCUUAGCCCCUCCUUGAGUUCUUAGCCCCAACUUGAACCCUUAGCACCUCCUUGUUCCCUUAGCACCUCCCUGAGCCCUUAGCACCUCCCUGAACCCUUAGCACCUCCCUGAGCCUUUAGCAGCUCCCUAACCCCUCAGCGUCUCCCUGCCCCCUCAGUGUCACCCUGUUCCCUUAAAAAAAAAAAAAAAUUUUUUUUUCUACCUCCUAGCCCUCUUCAUUUCUGCCUGGGCCCUUGACUUCUCAUUUGACACCUUUGCGCGUUCUUGAAUGUCUGACUGUUUGCCAUGUCCCCUGCAUUCUCCGACCUCCACGAGGGCAGGGGCCAUGUCUUCCUGAUCCAGUGCUUGAGAGAUAGUAGGUGCUCAAUAAAUCUUUGUGGAGUGAGUGAACCAAUACAUGUGCCCAAGGAGGCCUCUGCGCUUCCCUGGUCUCUGC